ACGCAUGCGGCGUAUUUCUUAAAAAUGGAUAAUCCCCUAGACUUCUUUGAUUUUUCUAAGGAUUUUAAGCGUGGUGUACAGCCUAAAGGCUGUAUAACUGGCGAUAAGAAAGUUCUGGCGCGUCCGACAAGAGACUCAAAGCCGCUCAAACGAGAGAUAAGCGGCACAGAAUAUAUCAACAAAUUCGUAGAACGGGAAAAAAAGCUUCUGGACAACCUUGUAGAUGGAAGCAGCGUAAGUAAGCGCCAUGCCUUGCUCGAUGACUUGGACAGCGAUGAGGAUGCUGCUAUGGAAGAGCUGCCAACAGUACGCUCAGAUGAAGCAUAUUAUGAAAGAUUCACAUUCGACUUGAAUCGUAACAGAUCACUGCCUAUCUAUGAACACCGUGAUGAAAUAAUUUCGGCCAUCAGAGAGAACCCGGUAGUUAUAUUGAAAGGGGAAACUGGAUGUGGAAAAUCCACGCAAGUUCCACAAUACAUUUUAGACGAGGCUUACAAACGUCGCGAAUACUGCAAUAUUGUUGUUACUCAGCCACGACGCAUUGCAGCCAUUUCGAUUGCACGUCGCGUGUGCCAGGAACGAAAGUGGCAGCCGGGUACAGUAUGUAGCUACCAAGUGGGCCUGCAUCGUGAGUCCGAUCAGGCAGAUACACGACUGCUGUACUGCACCACGGGGGUUCUGCUGAAUAUUCUCGUGAAGCAAAAAACGCUAACACAUUUCACCCACAUCUUGUUGGAUGAAGUGCAUGAGCGAGAUCAGGACAUGGACUUUUUGCUUAUCGUAGUGCGCCGUCUGCUUGCUUUGAACUCACGCCAUGUGAAAGUAAUUCUUAUGUCGGCAACAAUUGACACUCGAGAGUUUAGCAAAUACUUUGCUACAAGCCACUCCCAACCCCCUAUUGUGACUGCGAGUCAUGGCCGCAAGUAUCCGCUCUCGAAAUUUUACCGUGAUCAGCUGAAAAAUAUUCACUGGAAAGAUCCAGUGGUCCAGAUGAGUGAGCCAGGAAUAACACCCGAAGGCUACGCAGAUGCGACAAAGAUUCUUGUCGUUAUUGACAACAUGGAGCGUAAAGCAGAAGGCCAAUCGCAACAGUCUUACGAGGAGGCCAAGCGCAUCGGCUCCGUAUUGGUAUUUCUACCAGGAGUACGAGAGAUAGAUAUCAUGGAGGAGAACAUUAAGUGCGCCACUGAACAGUAUUCCAGCUCAAAAAUUACUAUUGUUAAAUGUCACUCAUUAAUGGCGCCCGAUGUUCAAGCAGAAGUUUUUCAACCGCCCCUACCGGGUCAUCGCAAAGUUAUUCUUACGACCAACAUAGCUGAGAGUUCGAUUACAGUGCCAGAUGUGUCAUAUGUCAUUGAUUUUUGUCUAGUUAAAGUGCUGCACAUCGACACAGCUACUAACUUUACUAGCCUCCGCCUGGAAUGGGCCUCCAAGGUCAAUUGCCGACAACGCGCUGGUCGCGUGGGCCGCGUUCGAAGUGGUCGCGUUUAUCGGAUGGUUACUAAAGCCUUCUACGUGCACGAAAUGAAAGAGUUUGGCCUUCCUGAGAUGCUGCGCGCACCGCUUCAAAAUGCUGUAAUUAGGGCUAAGCUGCUAGAGAUGGGUCGGCCCAGUGAAUUAUUAGCCCUUGCCAUGUCGCCACCCAAUCUCUCAGAUGUACAGAAUACGGUGCUGCUACUGAAAGAGGUGGGUGCACUAUUUCCAACAGUGGAUGGCAUUUACGAUGAGUUGGAUGGUGACCUGAGUUACUGGGGAAAGAUUAUGUCACGCUUACCGCUAGAUGUUCGUCUCUCUCGCCUCAUCAUACUUGGCUACAUAUUCAAUUGUCUUGACGAGGCAAUAAUUAUAGCUGCUGGCAUGAGCGUACGCUCUAUAUUCUUGUUUAGUAAACGCGGAGAAAUUAACAAUGCUUUUUGGAUGCAGCAGACAUUUUGCGAUGGUUCCGAAAGUGAUUUGGUAGCCAUAUGGAGAGUUUAUAAAGCAUAUUUGAACAUGUGCCAGGAUCGAAUGUUCAAGGAGGCGGAGGGCCAGUGGGCGCGCCGCUUUGGCCUCAACUUAAGCUCAGUCAAGGAAAUGCAUUUGAUGGUUCAGGUGCUGCGAAAGCGUUGCGCUCUUAUGAAUUUACAUGUAAUGCCCUUCGAGGCCUGCCAAAAUUGGAACGAUCAAGACAAGGCAAUUAUACUAAAUGUGAUAAUAGCUGGCGCUUUCUAUCCCAACUAUUUUGUGCGCACCAACAAAUCGAGUGUGGAGCAGGAGCGCAGCGUCUAUCAAACUAUUUGUGGCCACGAUCCUUGUCGCACAGUAUUCUUUUCAAAUUUUGUGCCGCGAGCGAUGGGCGAGCUGUAUACAAGACGCAUAAAGGAAUUGUUUGCGCAGUUAAAAAUUCCUCGGGAUAAUAUGGACGUCACCUUCCAAAGUGGUUCCGAAAAAGUGUUUGUGACCUUUAAGGAGAGCGCAGACAAUGGCGAGUCCAGCAUGGCCGCACAAGCGCCAGGUCGCGUCAUGUCCGAGGUAUACAAAGCAGUGCGCAUGAGACUUGCAAAUCCUCUAUGGGGACUAGGCAUAAUGGAACACAGCACUGCUCUUCGUUAUGUGCGUCAACAUAGGAUUGGCGAAGUUCGUGAAUGCACUUGGAUUCCGCCGUCAAAGCCCUGGAAUGUGGAGCUUGUCACCUUACCGUCUGUUUUUGAUAAGAUAAUAUCAGGACGUAUCACGCACAGAGUUAACUGCAGCAAGUUUUACUUUCAACCACAUGCACUUAAGGAAAGCAUCGCCAGUAUGUCAGAUAUAUUUAAUGCACCGCAGCAGCUGAAGAAUGUAGUGCGUGAUGCUAGGAGUAUUACAAAAGGAUUGCAGCUACUCGCGAACCGUGGGCGCGGCUUUCAACGUGCCUUAGUACUUAAGGUGGAAUCGCAGACGAAAUCACAGCCAAAAUUUCUUGUUCGUUUUAUUGACUAUGGCGACACGGCGUUGCUACCAAUAGAGCUCUUGCGCCUUAUGCCAGAUGACCUGAAAAGCGAGUUCGAUGAGUUGCCACCGCGUAUGUUUGAAUGUCGACUAGCACUUGUGCGGCCGGCAUCGAUAGUGAGCUGGCCAAAGGCGGCCGAUGAAAUGUUGGACUCAGUGGCAAGAUGUGGCAUCAUUGAGCUUGAGGUUUACUCAUUGGUCAAUAACGUGGCUGCUGUCAUGAUACACAUGCAGCAGGGAUUGCUCAACGAUAAGCUAGUGGAGCGUCAAUGGGCACGGCGUGCCGACGAGGACUAUAUGUCACGCAAGGAUCAUGAUUUUCGCGUACGCAAGCAAGCGACCAAGCGCUUCGUAUCGUUGGUCGAGCAGAAGCAUAUAAAUGAGGAGUAUUUGCGAUUUGUCCAGCUACCCCAGGAUCUUGACUUGGAACCGCCUCCGCUCGAUAGAUGCGAUACUAGCGUACGUCUAAAAGGUCCUUUUAGUCCGCUGGAGACGACUAUAUCCGCAUUGGUGCGCAUUGGCGCGCAUAAAUCAGUAACUAUUGGAAACGAGUCGGUAAAUGCGGUGCUUCUGGAUACAGAUCCCCACGAUCGGCACGAUCAGACGAUGGUUGCUGCGUUUAUUGCAGACUCUGGGGACAGGCUUUACGCUCGUGGCACCUCACUGAUGCCCAACAUACACGGCUUUGGAGCACUGAUGACACUGCUCUUUUGCCCGACCAUGCAAAUCAAAUGUAACAAGGAGAAAACCAAAUACGUCAGCAUAUUGGCUGGACUUGGCUACGAUCCGGUUACAUUAAAUUCGUAUUUUGAAGAGCAUGACAUGGUCGUCAAUUUGGACGUUGUUAUAGACAAGGCUGAUCUGACUGUCAUUAAUCAAAUGCGCUAUCAUAUUGUUAGCAUGCUAUAUGAUGUUGAUGGCGAUGAGUAUUCGCUGCCAGGAUUGCACGACCGUGCUCUAAUUUUUAAACAACUGCGCGCUUUGCUCUUCCGUCUGCUUAACAAGAAUCGUAGAUUUAUUGAACGUCACGUUUCACAUUCAGAUUACAAGUGGAAGGAUAUGUCUGACCUAGAGCCCCCAUCGGAGCCUUAUGGCAAGCGUACGAUAUUCCCAAUGCAUUGCUCAUACGAUCUAGAAGACGAAAAGAUGGGUACAUUACUGAGCUUACAAAGCAAUUGCAAAGAGCUUUACAAUUGGCGCAAUUUUGAUGGAGCUAUGCAGCCUCUUAGAUGUAUGCUUUGCAAUGAAAUGCUAGAAAAUGUCACCGAACUGCGUCUUCAUUUGCUUACAAUACUACAUUUGGAUCGGGAGAAGCAAAUCGGAUAUAGCACAGAUUAAUCCUGAUUUAUAGUCAUUGACAACAUUACUACAUGAAGUGUGAAUUCCCUAUUGUGUUAUUUUCAUGAUAUAUAGAAUUAAUAUGCCAUAUUUUCCAUUUUCUACAAUUUUGUAAACGAACGAGAACCUCUGAAAGGUUUAACUACUAUGCAGCGCUUUUUGUUUCUGUGUUUUCUAAGCUUUGAAUAAAAACUUAUUA